AUGUCGGACGACAGCCUGGACGACCUGUUCAAGCCAAGCUCAUCGUCUGCGCAGGACGACUUUGAUGAAGAUUUCGAACCUGGAAGCGACUCAAGUGAUUCCCUUCUGGAACUUCUGGCUGCGAUUGAUAACACGCCUUCCCGAAAGAAAAAAAACAAGUUCCUACUGGACCACAAACUCCGGCGAGGCCGACAAUCAAGCGCAGAAAGCAUCGACCGUGGCGCGCAAAAAAGACCGGAAAAACGUAGGCGACACGGAACCAUGGUUGGGAGCGAUGGACUCGGCGGUGAAGAGAGCGAGGACAGCGUCGCAGAUACUUUGUCGUUGCCGUCCACCGACGACGAACCAGGUCAUACGGAAGAAGUCAAUGAGUUUGACGUUACGGACCCGACGACAGACCGCACUCCCCGAGUUAGACGUACCGAGUCCUAUCCCGACAGCGUCGCGAUGGAGACCUCUCGUGUCGGCAUGGUGAACAAAAUUCCACCGAUGCGGGAGUUCAUAUUCUCAUCUUGGCGUGAGUUUAGUAGUACUUUGGAGAAGUAUUGCUCCGAUUAUUACCUGCUAUUUAGAGCACGAGAUACUCGCACCGUGAUAAAACACGACACAUUGAGAGAUCUACGGAUUCCUACCAAGAUGGAGUACAGUUACAAGACCUGGACGCACAAUCACCGCACGAAUGCAACAAUUUACGCCAACAGUCUGGUGUUUGAUCAGGUUGGAGUUCUCGCCGAUACCAACACAGAAUCAAAUCAGAUUCAGCAGUUUCUAUCUGGGGCGUUGGAUCGCCACGUGACGCCACAACAAGUACGCAACAUUGUUCGCAAGGUGCUCAAUAGUACGCCAGCGGAUAAACAGCUUUCAAGAAUGUUGGAUACCCUCGCCACCUUUGCUGAUCACCACGUACUGGUCAUUCGAGACCAGAAUGAUGUUACCAGCGGUGUUGUGAUCAAAUCUGCAGUUCAACGACUAGCCUUCGAGCGUUGGGGCGAGUCGCUUUGUAUGGACUGGACGUACGAAACCAACAACCUGGGGUUUCACCUUGGUAAGAAUUAUUAUUUUACUGUGAUGCAGCAUCCUUAA